AUUUAUACCAAAAAAAUAUGAUAUCCAACAAUUAUCUAUCAUUUUUAUUCGUGAUAUUGAUUACUUAUUUUUCACUAAUCAUACCGAUUUCAAUCGCAUCGAAUAUUAAAAGAUAUUCAUCGCAAAGUAGUACACCGGGAAAAUAUAUUAUGGUCACAAAUGGCCAACAACAAUUACCAUUUCAAACGCAACAACAAGCACCCGAAUUAAUACCUGUUACUCAAACUUCAAUCGAUUCAAAUGAACGUGCCGCAUCAUUCAUGGUUGAUCCAUUAAUUAUCAUUGCUUUGAUUGCUUUACCAACAAUCGGUAUGCUUGGCUUAUCAUCAUUAAUAAUGCCACUUAUACCGAUUGGUAUCUACGUGGUACAGCAAUUUUUCCCAACUGGUGCUGGUCGUCGUCGCCGUCGUCGUAGAAGUUUGUCGACAACAAAGAAAGAUGAUUAUAAUCCCCAUCAUCAUCUUUUUAAUGAUGAAUUGUUUGAAUGGGCGAUGCGAAAAUUUCAACGAAUGAUGAACAACGAACAAAAUAUUUCAUCCGAAAAUAAAGCAACGAUCGAUCAACAUUAACCAUUUGAAACCGAUUUAUAUUUCCAACAGACACAAUAACAAUAACAACAAAAAUUUUGUUUUCCUGAUUCAAAAAAGAAAAGAAAAAAAUAUUUAAAAUUUUCAUCAUUCA